GCAGGCACUGCCGGACGGUCCAAUCACAGCCCUGCAUUCAGAGCACGUGACCUGUGAGCGGAGCAGAAGAAGAAACCAGCAACGGCCAACAUGGCGGCGGCUCCGGUGGUUCCGGUGGGUUCGGCGGAAGGACCGUGGACCGACGACAAAGAGCGGACCCUCAUAGCCUUCUUCUACCAGAACAGCUGUCUGUGGAACCACCGCUCCGAGAACUACAAGAACCGACACCUGAGGUGGAAAACUCUGGAACGACUGAGACAGCUGCUGUCGGCCACGCCCCCUGCAGUACCCUUUACAGUCGACGACAUCAAGAACAAGUUUAAGAACCUGCGGACGACGUUCCAGCGUCAGGUGAAGCAGGUGACGGCCAGCCGAGCGUCCGGAGGCGACGUCUUCCAGCCUCAGUGGAAACACUACCAGCAGCUCAUGUUCCUGCUGCAGGACGACGACGAGCCGCCGCCGUCUCCGCAGACACGCCCACAGGAGGAGGAGGCCCCGCCCACCUCCCCUGGAAUCGUGCCCUCCUUCCUUCACACCACCUCGGCGUCCCUGCCCGGCUCCGCCCCCUGCGACACCUUUAAUGUGGCGGUGAAGUGCUAUUGGACGGAGGAGCGUGAACGUCAGCUGAUCUCCUUCUACGCAGAUCAUCGCUGUCUGUGGAACAAACGCUGCGAAAACCACAACAACCGUUUACUGAGGAUGAAGCUGCUGGAGACGCUGAGGCAGCAGCUGUCCGACCAAUCAGUGAGCUUCUCAGUCGACGACAUAAAGUCCAAGUUUAAGAACCUUCGGACGGUCUUUAACCGGGAGCUGAAGUCGGUUCAGUUCGGCCGAGCGUCCGACCGACCCUACGUGUCCAAAUGGAAACACUACCAGCAGCUGAUGUUCCUCUGCGAGUCCUGCGAUGAGGACGACGCCUCCGAUGAGAAGGACGCAGACCCAAGCCCCGCCUCCACCUACUGCAGCUCCACCUACGUCAACAGCAGCGCAUCCAACGGUUCAACCUCAGGAGCUGAUGCCACCGCUGUCUCCGCCUCCUCCGCCACCGCUGUCUCCACCUCCUCCGCCGCCGCCGUGUCUCCAUACCACGUCUUCAUCUCUGCGUCUCCAGAUCAACUCAAAACUGAGACAGGCCCCGCCUCUCCACCGGAGGACCCUCCCACAAACCCCGCCCCUCUGAGCACUGAAUCCCGCUGCUAUUGGACGGAGGACAAAGUGGAGCAGCUCAUCAGGUUUUACUCCGAACACGGCUGUCUGUGGAACCUGCGGUCGGAGCGGUACAGUAACCGUCUGUUGAGGCGGAGUCUGCUGGAGACGCUGAGCGCUCUGCUGUCCGAGAACCAACCGGUGCCUUUCACAGUCGAUGACAUCAAAACCAAAUUCCGGAAUCUUCGGACCAUUUUCCGGCGCGAACACAGAGCGGCGAGCUCCAAUAAGACGUGUGGUUCGGAGGACUUCUACCUGCCGCGGUGGAGACACUACCGCGACCUCAUGUUCCUCUGCGACUCCUGCGACGAGGACGAGCAGCACGAACAGCUCCGCCUCCUCUGCCCGGACAGCCGCGCCCCUCAAAGCGGCGCCUUCGCCGCCCCGCCCUCGGCCACGCCCCCCGACUCCCAGCCCUGCUCCCCGUCCUCGUCGCCUUCCGCCUCCUCGUCCGUCGCCGGCAGAGCGUCGGCGCAAAAGAGGCCGUCUCAGCCAGCUCCGCCCACCGCCGUCGAGGCACUGGAACUGAUAAGGACGUUGUGUCAGAAUCAGACGCCGUCGCCGCACGCCGGCUUCCUGAAGUACGUGGAGGAGUGUCUGAACGAGACGCCGCCGGACAAAGUCAAAAGACUGAAGAAGAAGAUCAUCGAGACCAUUCACUCCGAGACGACGUGAAGGCGUGGUACCGGCGACGACCACCGGGAGCCGCCCUCAGACAGACGUGUCCGUUUAAUCCAGUUUGUGAACUUUCUUCCACAUUCUGUUUCCUGUUGAACGUGUGUCUGUGGUUUCUACCAGGGAUUUGAAGUUGAAGCGUUUUCUCUUUUAUAUGAUUCCGUUGGGAUGUUUGUAUUUUGAAUAUUUUCAAACUGUGGUGUUCUUCCUUUUAAAUAAAGAGUCUGGUUUUAUUUCCACUGUUCUUCUGUGUUGAAUAGACUCACAGUUGAAUCAGUUUAAAUUUCCAUCAUCCACAGUUGAACUGAAAUUCAGCUGGAGUUCAGAGA